CAUCUACUUCGGUGACAGCUGCGAGACGAGCUGUUUAUUUUCUCGCUAAAAAUGUGCCCCCACGAUAGCAAGCGAAGCGCGACAAUCGCCUUUCGUUGAACAACGAAGUUUUUAAUAACAGAAGUUUCAUGAGCAAUCGGCGAAAAUCCCAGAGCCCUUCAUCCUUAAAAGAGGCCGACCGCAAACGUCAAAGUAGGAAUGAUCAUAAAGACACUGCAAAAGACGACAAUUCGAAAUUUUCCCACAAUUUGGGAUCAUGUGAACAGCCUUCGGUGGGCCAUAACCAGGGGAAGUACAAAUUAUCAUCUGUAAACCACGUCGAAAAACACAGGCCCAAUGCAAUGGCUCGCUCUAGCAUCGAUAACGAACGUAAGUUGUCGGCCACGCCAGCUACCGUUAACUCAGUAAACAGCUAUCUGUCCUCCGCUAUGGAUGUCAGUACCACAACCGGUGUUACUGUACUUAGAAACAACGAACGGGAAUCGCCACCUGCAACGACUCGUCAGGGUGGUGCCCGCGGCUAUAGGGGUCGUUCAUCCGCUAAAAUGACGCUGGACGACUUCGUGCCAAAUCACCAUGUGGUCAGACUAAAGAAGACGAACAGGCCUAGAAAACGAGACAAGCAGCUGGAUUCGAAUCAAAUUGGUAAACAGAACGAUGAGAGUGACGAAAUCGCUAAAGAGAAAUCGAAGUAUGACGAAGUGGUAAGAGAGGCCGAGGAUAUCUUCCGCGGCCUAGCCCGAGCAAAUGUCAUGUUCGAACGGCCACUGAAAUGCGCUCUCGGUCUUGUGAACUCUAGGCUAAAAGCGACUUGCAACGUCUCUGAGGAGAUAACACCGUUUCAGUAUUUCUGUCGUGAACAAGUGAUUCUGUGGUUGCAGACAAUAAGAGAUAUGUUGGAGCGACGAGCUCUAAUCUAUUUAGACCUUGAGGAAAUGUUUAUUUCGCUUUAUGAACUUUAUCUCAUUGCGGAAAGAAAGUACCCGAUGGAGGCGCACUAUAUCGCGAUGCAUGUGCGAAAUAUCGGCAUCGAUAUCAGUUACGCGGCAGCCUUAAUGGCGCGUUUGGCUAACGUUGAGACGUUUGAUUUUAUGAGGCUAGCUGAAAGUAUAAAUGCGGCACCCCGGGAUGGCACCCCAUACUCAUAUUUAAUUCCCCGUAUGCAGGACUUCAAGCUGCACCAUCUAAUCGCCCUUGGCAGGUGCUCUCGGGUAUAUAAAGUCACUCAUCGGAGCUCACUUACUGUGUGCGCCAUGGACAUAUCAACGGUGAUGACAGAGCGAGAGCUAAUAGUCGCCGGAGGUGUUCUUAGCCUAAUUCAUCACUGCUGUGUAGCUACUCCUUUUGCGCGAUUUCAAGCUGGUGGCCAAAUGGUCAGUUUGUUCGAAUAUUGUUGGGGCUUGACGCUAGAGAAUGUCGUAGCCGAGUCCUCGUAUUUUUCCGUGGACACAUUUCGUGCUAUAGCUGCACAGUUAAUUUCGGCCGUAAAACAUAUUCACGGCUGUGGGGUGAUGCAUCGUGCCCUAACAACCGACAAUGUCAUCAUGGAACGUUCGGGGCGCGUCAAACUCGUCGGCUUCCACAACGCCUGCAUAUGCCUUGCCCAUAUCCCGAAAAGGUCGCAAUUGGUAUUUCAGGAACGCCGCAUAGGUGAGUUCUCAUAUGAUGUGGAUUUCAAUAUUCCCACCCAGUACAUGCCGCCAGAGAUGGUGCUCAAGAGAUCCUAUGGUCGGUCGUCUGACUGGUGGACUCUAGGGGUCACGUUAUAUCGAACAUUUACCAAGAUAUUUCCUUUUGAUGGGGCAGACGAUGCCCAGAUACGAAGGGCAAUUUAUCGAAACCCGCUGGUGUUUCCGGAUCGAGAUGGGGUGCCUGUGUCGGGAGGAGCCAAAGAAUUUCUCCAGUGCCUAUUAACCAAAAAACCCCGAGGGCGUUGUAUGUACGGUGAUCGUGUCGACCUUUACAAGCACCCGUUCAUCGUUGGUGUUGACUGGAAAAAGCUGAGUACAACGGAUAAAUUAUUCCCUCAACCAGACGGCUACUGCAAACUACUCCAGCGAACUGUGCCGCCACGUUUUCGUCGGACAGAUCUUACCGAGUCGGAACAGGCAGCUCUCUCGCCGAAAGCGGUUUUCGAUGACAUCCGACCUCACAAAUUGGGUAACCCCACAAAGCUGGAGGAUGUCCCGUACCCACAGGUAUCGACGUUUAUUUCACCUGUAUUUCGAAAAGCUUUGGAGGUUUUUAGGUUUCCAAAAAAAUUAGGCAGAGGCCCGCUGCUUAAAGUUAUGGGCUAUAAUGCAAGCUCCCCUGCUCUCAGCAUACCCGACACGUUUGAUUUGGACCGAUAUAACGCCGAACGCCUAGUUAUUACCAUUCCGAAGCGAAACAUUUUCGAAUUGGGCAUUCAUAUAGAGAGCGCGAUCGGUGAGGAUAACUGCAAGUAUUUUUACGUCACAAGGUUCUCUGAUAGUUUUUAUUAUGACUCGUUACCGUUAAUCGAAGGUGACUUUCUGCUAGCGAUGAACAAUACGUCCUUAAUCAAUGAGGUGAUGGCUACCGUAAAGGCGAAGCUAGCAUUCCAUCAGCACGACGUCACCACAUUUAUCGUACAGUCCUCUUCGCCGUUUCGGCUGGCGGCUAUGUACCCGGAUUUCGGCUGUCUGUUAAAAUCGCUCCCCCGAAUUUCGGUUGGGGUGAAUCCAGCCCAAUUCCUAGAGUUUCGCUGUUUAGUUCGAACCCAAAUCGUAGGAUACACGGAUGGCUGGGUGGUGAAUGCAGCCCACUUCGUAUGGAAGACAUCGGGGAAACAAAGAUUGUUCGUUGGAGACGUUAUCCAGACAGUCGAUGGAAUUGAAGCAAUCACACUUUCAACUGAAGAGCUUGACGCGCGCUUGCAAAGAGGUGCUCGCCAGGUUGAGGUGAUUCCCGUGUCGUCCUUACGUUUGAGGCGUUUGACGGUGGAUCGAAUCUUCAAGGCAUACGGUGGCUCACAGGACGUUCUAGAGAAGAUGGCUUGGGUCAAGGUUCAGAAACAGCGGGCUCACCUCACUUCAAAGGAGACUGCUGGCCUUGGGCCCGUACAGCUACGUUAUAUUUUUCGACGAAUGGAACUGGCAAACCGAGAAACGGAACCGGUUGAAAUGUACCGCGAUCCUCACCGGUCAUUUGACUAACAGAGUCUUGAAGGUUUAUUGAAACGUUGCCAUAUAAAAAAAUCUUGUAGCCACUUCGUCCAGCAAAAUAACGCAGAUCUAAAUACCUAUUGCGCCAGCUAUAAUAGACCCAUAAUAGUGGUCUUGUCGUCAGUACUUGUCUCUUGCCCAUACAAGUAUGAUAUCUGAUAUCACCCCCAUAUUGAUUACUGUGAUUUUGUGAAAUGCUGGUGGUCGUCUGCUGUGAAUUUCCGACAUUUUUUAGUGUUACAAAUCGCUGUACUGGCUCCUG